CGAUACACUCACUAUAAGCCAUCCCAAGUUGAACGUCGACCACAUCAACCAUCUGAUGGUCUCCCGGACCACUAUAUGAGCCGUCGGUCGCCAUUCAGUGGACGCCUUUAUGAUGGAAAAUAUCUGCGAUUCGUAGGACAGGUGUCCGAUGGGACACACGAUCAUCGCUAUAAUCCAUAUGGCCAGAUUGUAGUACAGUUCCGAUGGGUGGGUGGUCAGGUCCACCAAACCAAAGGCCAGGCAAUAAAACUGAUACGAAAAGGUGAUACUUCUGGCCAAAGAAUUAUUCAAGGAAUAUAUUUCACAAUUCUGUUCAUCUCAUGCGUGAUUGGGCUGUCGUUAAACAGACAAAUCGGUUCAAUACUGGUAUUCUCGAUGGUGUUCUCCCUGCUACUAUUCAUAUGCUGCAACUGUGGCCAGUGCAACAAGACCCGGGUGAUCAGCGGUCACGUGCUCGUGGGUCCGCCUAAUUUGACACUACACCCACACCUGCAACAAGAACAAGUGGUUCCGCCACAGAUUGCCUACAUAAUAGUGGCUCCGGCGAGUGGGCCCACCACUACCACCAGUGCCGCCACCGACGACAGCCCAUCGACGCCCGAACCCACGAUUGUGAUACGACACGCCCAGACACAGUCAGCCCUGUCCCCACUGCAGCCCCUAUACCCGGCUUAUUACGCAAAUCCCAUGCCAUUUAAUCCGCCGCCGAGCUAUGAUGAGUCUCAACGACAGUAUAAGUGAUGGACACGACAUACCUGUCCCGUAGUGAUAUGGGUUUGUAAUUAAAUCAAAAAUAAAAGUACA